AUGAACGAGAGCACAGCAGCCAAUGAGAGCGAGGCGGGAAUGCCCAUAUCUUCAUGGGUAGAAGCCGCAGCCUUCAAUGGAAACGCCAGCCCUGUGUUUUCCUCCUCGUUCCUCGAUUUUCCAAUCAACCCUUGGGACAUCAUGCUGUGCCUUUCGGGCACAGUGAUCGCCUUUGAGAAUGCAAUCGUCGUGGCGAUCAUCUUUUACACGCCGACUCUGCGCACCCCCAUGUUUGUCCUGAUUGGCAGCCUCGCCACUGCGGACCUGCUGGCGGGCGUGGGACUCAUCCUAAACUUCGCUUUUCAGUAUCUGAUCUCAUCAGAGACAGUCAGUCUGAUCACGGUCGGCUUCCUCGUGGCCUCGUUCACCGCCUCCAUCAGCAGCCUGCUGGCCAUCACUGUGGAUCGCUACUACUCUCUGUACAACGCUCUGACCUACCUGUCGGACCGGACUCUGCACUGUGUGCACCUCAUGCUGCUGGGUGCUUGGGGGGCGUCUCUGGGGCUCGGCCUGCUGCCAGUCCUGGGCUGGAACUGCGUUCGCGAUGAGUCCUCGUGCAGCGUAGUGCCACCUCUGACGCGCACCAACAUGGCACUGCUUGCGGUGGCUUUCUUCACCAUAUUUGUCAUCAUGCUCGGGCUGUACUGCAAGAUCUGCAAGAUUGUGUGCCACCACGCUCACCAGAUCGCUCUGCAGAGGCAUUUUCUCGCUCCUUCGCAUUACGCCGCCACUAAGAAGGGUGUCUCUACGCUCGCCAUCAUCCUGGGGACGUUCGGUGCCAGCUGGCUACCCUUCGCCAUCUAUUGCCUGGUGGGCGAGCGCGAGGACCCGGACGUGUACACGUAUGCCACGCUGCUCCCGGCCACCUACAACUCCAUGAUUAACCCCAUCAUCUACGCCUACCGCAAUACUGAGAUCCAGCGCUCGCUUUACGUGCUGUUUUGCGGCUGCGCCAGGACGAACGUCGUGUAUCGCUCCAGGUCGCCGAGCGAAGUCUAGACUAUGAGAUUUCUUUUUUUUACUCAGGAUCAGCUACAAAACUGAAAUGACUAUUAUUUCAGAAUAACAAUUGCACUUUACCGAGACUCUUGGCAGCCAAGACUAGGUCUCAAUUCUGUGAACAACAGACUUUGGCAUCGAACCAACAAACUCACCGCAAGAAUGUACAUGUAUUUAAGCCUGUGAAAGUGAAACAACAGCACUUUAUAUGAAGCGUUUUGA